AUGUUCAAGCAAGUAAGCGAAUGUUUACGCGGCGGGUAUUUCAAAUUGUUAUGCUCACUCCUGUGGCUCACUCUGACGGGGACCGGUCGUGGCGAGGCCAAACUCUCACAAUCUACCACUACUUGCGAGGAAUUCGAACGGGCCGCGCCAUUUAAUUCUUAUGAUAUUACGGAAUCUAAGUGGAAAAUCAUAUACUUCUGCUCAGAAACGACUGAACUUAGAUCAAUAAUAUUCUCACUAAUCGAUAAAAAGACACUAAAUAAAUUCGAAACUGUUGUGGACGCUGUCCAACCAGAUUUAAAUCCAGAAUGGCACAAGGCGACUCUGAUGAUGGAACCACGGCCGGUGUACAAGUGCUGCUCCUUUACAUGGGCACACCAGAGGCAUUUCAAGGAAUUGUCAAAAUGGAACAUCGCAAUAAAGGACGCUCAUAUCCGCCACCGCACAUAAAGCUCGCUGAUUUGCGAUUUAAAUUAGUGG